CAGAGAUGGGCAGUGAGUUGCCGGGGACCGUCGCCAUGCCGGGGGCCGUUGGAGCCGGUCAGGUGAGGAUGGGAGGAGCUGUGCCAGGCCGCGGGGGGAAGAGGAGGUCAGGAGGAAUGGACUUUGACGAUGAAGACGGAGAGGGACCGAGCAAAUUCUCAAGUGUAGUGUGUAUGUCUGUAAGAUGUGCAGUAAGUAAAGACCUUUGUUCUGCUAAGUUGAGCGUUGCCAGUAGAGGAGGAGGAGCUGCCCUCUGCUGCAGAAAUACUACAAUACUGCUUCCCUUAACCAACAGCUCUAGUUCACUGUGAUGGAACAUUCUCAAAUCCUUUACUUAAGUAAAACUAGAAACACUGUGGUCUUAAAAUAUGUCCUGAGUUUAAAUGUGACUUAAGUAAAAGUACACACGUUUUCUGAGCAAAAUGUACUCAAGUA